UCAUUCUCUCGAUUCAUUUUAUCAUAUUCGUGUUUGUGAUUUGUACUGAACAGAUGUUUUUAAAUUUGCAGACCUAACCGUUACCCUCGUAAAUUAAAAAAGUGUAGUUCUAAUUAAUUAAAGGUAGAAGACAGCAUUAUAUAAAAAAUGGCAUUUGCAGGGUUAAAGAAACAAAUCAACAAGUGCAAUCAGUAUGUCACGGAGAAGAUGGGGGGAGCAGAGGGCACGAAACUGGACCUGGACUUUAUGGAUAUGGAAAGGAAAACCGACGUGACCUGCGAACUCGUGGAAGAGCUACAGAUGAAAACCAAAGAGUUCCUACAGCCGAAUCCGACGGCGCGGGCCAAGAUGGCGGCGGUGAAAGGUAUCAGCAAACUCAGCGGUCAAGCCAAAUCGAAUACCUACCCCCAACCUGAGGGCGUCCUAGGCGACUGCAUGCUCAUGUACGGGAGGAAACUGGGGGACGACAGCCCCUUUGGACUGGCGCUUGUCGAAAUGGGUGAAUCUCUGAAACAGAUGGCCGAUGUCAAGUACUCCCUCGACGACAAUAUCAAGCAGAACUUCUUGGAGCCCUUGCACCAUCUCCAGACUAAAGACUUAAAGGAAGUUAUGCACCAUCGGAAAAAAUUACAGGGUAGAAGGCUCGAUUUCGACUGCAAACGCAGACGGCAAGCUAAAGGUUCAAACAUUGCAGAUGACGAGAUCAAGUUGGCCGAGGAAAAGUUCGCCGAAUCCCUGCACCUUGCUCAAAUGGGAAUGUUUAAUUUAUUAGAAAACGACGUAGAACAAAUAUCGCAAUUAGCUACUUUUGCCGAAGGCCUUUUGGAUUAUCAUAGUCAAUGUACAGAAAUUCUUAAACAUCUGACUGAAGCUCUUUUGGAAAAGAAAGACGAAGCAGCAAAUCGUCCAAAAGUCGAGUUUGUACCGAAAUCUUUAGCUGAUCUCAAUAUAGAAGGAGUAACGGAUGGACUAAAUGGUACACACAACCACAAUAAUUUCACAAACCACAGUAAUCACAGUAGUAGUACAAACUUAUCCGGCGGUUAUCAGUUUAAGCGACCUGCACCUAAAACUGUUCCUAUCAAACAGUCACAAUCAUAUACCACACCCGAUCCCUUUGAUCCUUGGAGUUUCCCUCAAGGCUCCUCACAAGCGUCUUCACCACAACAUAAACCAUACAACCUUGAGUUGCACCCAGGACAACAGUCUGCUAAUGCAUCUCCAUUGCCGUCCCCAAUGAAAUCUCCUGCCAGGACGCCAAUGACCAGGCAACCAUGUUGCACGGCAUUAUACGACUUUGACCCUGAGAAUCCCGGCGAACUUGGAUUUAAGGAAAACGAUGUGAUAACUCUACUGAAUAAAAUCGAUGAGAAUUGGUUCGAGGGUAGUAUAAAUGGUCGUACGGGUUACUUCCCGGUGAACUACGUGAGGGUAGACGUGCCAUUACCAUGAAUUACGGGUUAAGAAUCAAUUAAACGACAACCCCUUCUAUUUAUUUAGAUAUAAUGUAUAUUAUUUCUUUUUUUAACUUGCCUUUUUGUAUAAAUAAUUUUUUUUAAAAUCAACAUUGUAUUCAACUGCACUUUCUGAAGUGAGACAAAGCCAUAUACAUUAUAAGCUAGUGAUUAUUGCGCAUUUACUUUAGUUAGUUAAGAAAAGGUACUGAAUUUACAAGUUAAAAUCUUCCCCGAUCGAGAUUUCGUUCCAAUUUUGUAUAUAGGGUAUGUAUAUUUGAACGUUUUGUUUAUAUGAUUUUAAUAUCUCGACAGUGUGCGUGUAUGGGUGUGUGCAGUUGAAAAUUGCGUAUUUAAUUAUCAGAUUAAUGAUAUUCAGUAAAUAAUUAUGAGGAUUAUGUGGACAAGAUUAAAUUUAGUUGUACAUAUUUAGUAUGUUUAGCUUAGUUACUUUAAUAUCGAUAGAUUAGUUUGAAAUUGUUGUUUAUAUUGUGAAUGCUUUAUCGUUCAGUUUUGACAAACUGGAUUUUAUAACAGAUAUAUUGUCAGAAUAAAAUGAAUUAUAAUAAAAAUGAAUGUAAUUAUUGGCACUGGCAGCCGCGUACCUCCGUUGUGGAUCAGGUUGAUGACAUCCCUAUAAACUUAUUGCAGAUUCUUAAAAAAUGACUUAUUUUGUCCUCAACCUUUUACAACUUGCCAAAAGUGUUAUUGCAUGGAAAAUCAAUGUUAAUAAAAAAAAACAAAAUAAAAACUAUGUUUUGUUGAUGUUUUUGAUGUAGUUGCUAGAUUUCCGCUGAAACUUUAUACAUCUAGAUAAUGAAGAGUAUAUUAUAAAUACGAUACCUUAUUAAUAUUACCAAAAAGUUUGGGUGCUGCUUUUUAUAAAUAAUAU